AUGGCUGAUUUUUUAGACUCAGAAGCUGAAGAAAGUGAUAAUGAAGAAUUAAGUCCUAGUGAAAAAAAAAAAUUAAAAAGACAUAAAGCUAUAGAUAGUGAUGAUGAAGAAGAAGAGGAAGAUGAUGAAGAGAAACUAAGAGAAGAACUUAAAGAUUUGAUUGAUGACAAUCCAAUUGAGGAUGAGGAAAGUGAAGGGGAAGAUUCGGAUGGGUCAGAUAACUCUAAAAAGAGAAAAAAAUCUGAUGAGGAAUUCGAUGACAGAUUAGAAGAUGAUGAUUAUGAUCUUUUGGAAGAAAAUUUGGGACAUAAAAUUGAAAGAAAAAAAAAGUUUAAAAGGUUAAGAAGACUAGAUGAUGAUGAAUCUGGUAACGAGCAGGAAGAACAUGAUGAAGGAGAAGAUAGAGAUGCUAUAGCCAAUGAGCUUUUCGAAGGAUCAGAUCAUGAAGAAGAUGACAGAUAUGAUAGAUCAGUUGAACCAGAGAGUUACGAUAUAGAAGAAGAAGAAGGAGAGUAUUCAAAUGAUGAUGACGAUGGUUUUAUAGUCGAUGAUGCUGGAAGACCCAUUGCUGAAAAAAGGAAAAAGAGAAAACCUAUUUUUAAUGAUGCGGCUCUUCAAGAAGCUCAAGAUAUAUUCGGCGUAGAUUUUGAUUUUGACGAAUUUGAAAAAUUUGGUGACGAAUAUGAGGAGGAAGAUGAAUACGAUGUUGAAGAAGGAGCCGAAGAAGAACAUAAACGUAGAAAAGAGAAGAAAAAAGUUAGAAAAACAACAAAGAAAUCAAUUUUUGAAAUUUAUGAGCCUAGCGAACUUAAAAGAGGUCAUUUCACUGACUUGGAUAAUGAAAUUAGGAACACCGAUAUUCCGGAACGAAUGCAACUCAGAGAUUUUAAAGUUACUGCAGUACCUGAAGGAUCUGAAGAGUUAGAUGAAGAAGCCGAAUGGAUUUAUAAGCAAGCCUUUUGCAAGCCAACCAUAUCUAUACAAGAAGUUUCAGAUAGAGAUAGACCUCGAAGGGGUCCACAAACGAUCGGAAAGAUUAAAAGAGCAUUGGACUUUAUACGUAAUCAAAAUUUUGAAGUACCAUUUAUUGCGUUUUACAGAAAAGAAUAUGUAUUUCCGGAGUUGAAUAUUAAUGACCUUUGGAAAGUUUAUAAAUAUGACGAAAAGUGGUGUCAAUUGAAAACCAGGAAAAAUAAUUUGAUAAAACUUUUUGAAAGAAUGAGAGAUUUUUUAUGUGAAAUACUGACUCAAAAUAUAGAUGCUCCUAUUCCCGAAGAUGUGCGGAUAAUUAGUGAUGACGACAUUGAACGACUUAAAAAUGUAAAAACUAUGGAGGAAUUAAAAGACGUUCAUAUGAAUUUUUUGCUAUAUUAUUCUCAAGAUAUUCCGGCUAUGUUAGAGGCUUAUAAAAAAAAAGAAAAAGAAGCUGCAAAAUUAGAAAAACGUAGGAAAAAACUGGAAGAAAGGGCAAAUAUGGAAGGAACUGAAGGUGAAGAUGAGCUUGAAGAUGAAGAUGAUGAUGAAGAAGCGGAAGAAGCAGAAAAACCUCCCGAAGAAACAAUAAAACAAGCUGUGAGAAGUGGACCCUACGCUAUGUGCCGGAAAGCUGGACUUACCGGCCUAUCUAAGAAAUUUGGCCUCACGCCUGCGCAAUUUGGCGAAAAUUUACGUGAUAAUUAUCAGAGACAUGAAGUUGAUCAGGAGAGUACGGAACCAUUGCAAUUGGCCAAGCAAUAUAUAAGUCGUCAAUUCAUGCAACCUGAAGAUAUUUUAAAAGCUGUCAAAUUUAUGGUGGCCACUCAGCUUGCACGAGAACCAUUAGUCAGAAAAUGUGUUCGUGAGACUUUUUUCGAAAAGGCCAAAAUAGAUGUAAAACCUACUCGAAAAGGCAUUAAAGAAAUAGAUGAAAAUCACGCUUGUUACAGUAUGAAAUAUUUAAAAGGAAAACCUGUUAGAGAAUUGCAAGGUGAUCAAUUUAUAAAAUUAGCAAUGGCCGAAGAAGAUAAAUUAUUAACUAUAACUUUUGAUGAAAGAAUCCCUGGCCUUACUUCACUUUCUUACAUAGAAGAAGUUAAGCAAUUAUAUUACAGAGAUGAAUUCAGUAAAAAUGUUCAAGAUUGGAAUGCAUUGAGAGUCGAAUGCGUGGAAAUAGCAUUAAAAAAAAUUCUUUUACCUGAUUUGAAAAAAGAAUUGAAAGCACAUUUGCUUUCUGAAGCUAGGGAGUAUAUUCUUAAAUUAUGUACGAGAAAGUUAUACAAUUGGAUAAAGAUAGCGCCAUACACUUCUGAAUUUGAUCAUGAUGACGAAGAUUGGGAUACAAGUAAAGGACUUCGAGUCAUGGGAGUUGCUUACGUUCCCGAUUUAAGUCAAGCCGCUUUUGCUUGCGUUGUUGGGCCGGAUGGAGAAUGUACAGAUUAUUUGCGACUCCCGCAUUUGUUAAAGCGAAAGUUAUCUGCAAAUAAAGAAGACAAUAUUAAGAAAGAACACGAUCUUACCUCCUUGAAGAAUCUUAUACAAUCUAAAAAACCACACGUUAUUGUCAUCGGAGGUGAAUCUAGAGAUGCAAUAAUGAUAAAAACGGAUAUUCAACAAUUGGUAACUUCUUUGGUUGAGGAUGAUGAAUUUGCAUCGAUAGCCGUAGAAAUCCUUGAUAACGAAUUAGCUAAAACUUAUGCUAAUUCGAUAAAGGGAGAAAAUGAAUUCAGGGAUUAUCCUUUAUUACUGCGACAAGCCAUAUCUUUGGCUCGAAGAAUGCAAGAUCCUCUCACAGAAUUUUCUCAAUUAUGUACAUCUGAUGAAGAAAUUCUUUGUUUGAGAUAUCAUCCUUUACAAGAUCAAGUUCCUAAAGAAGAGCUUUUAGAAGCUCUUUACAUAGAAUUUAUAAAUCGAACGAAUGAAGUAGGAGUCGAUGUAAAUCGUGCCGUUGCUCAGGCUUACACCAGUAAUUUAGUUCAAUUUAUUUGUGGGUUUGGGCCUAGAAAAGCGGCUGCUCUUCUUAAAACUCUUAAACAAAACAAUCAAAGACUGGAAAAUCGAACUCAAUUAGUUACUGCUUGCCAUAUGGGACCUAAAGUAUUCAUUAAUUGUGCAGGAUUUAUUAAAAUAGAUACAAAUUCUCUCGGAGAUAGCACGGAAGCAUACGUAGAAGUUUUAGAUGGAUCAAGAGUUCACCCUGAAACGUAUGAAUGGGCUAGAAAAAUGGCUGUGGAUGCUUUAGAAUACGAUGACGAAGAGGCGAAUCCGGCGGGAGCUUUAGAGGAAAUUUUAGAAUCGCCAGAACGAUUAAAAGAUUUAGAUUUGGACGCUUUUGCGGAAGAAUUGGAAAGACAGGGUUUUGGAAAUAAAAGCAUUACGUUGUACGAUAUUCGAGCAGAACUUAAUCAUCGUUAUAAUGAUUUAAGAACGCCUUACUGGUCUCCUAAUUCCGAAGAAUUGUUCGACAUGCUAACCAAAGAAAGCCCGGAAACUUUUUACAUUGGCAAAAUGGUUUUGGCCAGAGUUGUAGGUAUAACUCACAAGAGACCUAAAGGGGACCAACUGGAUCAAGCGAAUCCAGUUCGAAAUGACGAAACAAAUUUGUGGCAAUGUCCGUUUUGCUUAAAAAAUGACUUUCCUGAGCUUUCAGAGGUUUGGAAUCACUUUGAUGCUGGAUCUUGUCCGGGUCAAGCUACAGGAGUACGAUUACGACUUGACAAUGGGAUUAAUGGAUACAUUCACGUCAGGAAUUUAUCUGACAAACAUGUUUCUAACCCUGAAGAAAGGGUUCAACAAAAUCAAAUGAUUCAUUGCCGCAUAACUAAAAUUGAGGUUGAUAGAUUCUCUGUAGAAUGCACGUCGAAAAGUUCUGACCUUGCGGAUAAAAAUCAUGAAUGGCGUCCACCAAAAGAUCCUUACUUCGAUCACGAUGCUGAAACCAAAGACAUAAAGGCAGAAGAAGAUGUAAAGAAAUUGAAGGCUAGACAACAAUACAUAAAAAGAGUUAUUGUCCAUCCUGCUUUCCACAACAUAGGCUAUGCUGAAUCCGAAAAAAUUAUGUCUACUCUUGAACAAGGUGAAGCAAUUAUUCGUCCUUCGAGUAAAGGAGCAAAUCAUUUAACGGUGACUUGGAAAGUCACCGACGGCAUACUGCAGCACAUUGAUGUAAGAGAAGAGGGAAAAGAAAACGCGUUUUCUCUCGGUCAGUCUCUCUGGAUCGGAAAUGAAGAAUUCGAGGAUUUGGAUGAAAUAAUAGCUCGUUAUAUAAAUCCAAUGGCUUCGCAUGCUAGAGAUAUAUUAUCUUUUAAAAAUUACCGAGACACCGAAGGGGGUCGGAAAGAAAAAGCAGAGGAAUUACUCCGAGAAGAAAAAAAGAAAAAUCCAAACAAAAUUCACUAUAUUCUUUCUGCUUCAAAAUCCCUGCCUGGAAAAUUUAUAUUGAGUUAUUUACCAAGAAACCGAUGCCGGCACGAAUACGUGUCCGUCACACCGGAGGGUUUUCGUUUUCGUCAACAAAUGUUUUAUUCUGUUAAUUUACUUUUAAAGUGGUUUAAAGAACAUUUUCGAGAUCCCAUACCGGGCACUCCUGGUACUCCAAGAGUUACUCGCACACCAUUCCACGGAGGACAAACUCCUUCGAUUAAUCUUUCUGGUAUUAAUCCAGAGUCCAUUCAAAGAGUUGCUCAAAAUUUGCCCAAUCACAUGUUGCAAAGUCUCACUCAAGUCGCAAGUCAAACUCCUCAUUGCCCUCCGCACACCCCUGGACAAUAUCAUUAUGCAAAUACACCUUAUACUCCUUCUGGUCAGACGCCUUUCAUGACUCCCUACGCUACCCCUCACGUUAACAUAACUCAAACUCCGAGAUACGGAGCUCAAACGCCUCCUCAUUCCGCCAUGGGAGCAUUUGUUCAUCCAGGAGGAAUAAGGCCGACCAUGAAUAAAAUGCCUUCAGGCUACAGAACUCCGUCUCACAGACCUUCGGUAGCACAACAGCAUUCUCAUCAGCACCAACAUCAAUUUAAUUCAAGGCCUUAUGCUAGUAGUAAUUCUUCAUCGAAUGAUCCUCUUGAUUGGCAAAAAGCAGCUGAAGCGUGGGCCAGACGUAAAUCGAAAGAGCAACCACAAAAUUCAAAAAAUACUCCUCGAGAUGUUUUUAGCACGCCGAGAAUGGGAACUACUCCUCGUUAUGAUGAAGGAAGGAAAAGUUGGCGAAACGAUGAACGUAGCAACUCGCGUAAUGGUCACAGACAUCAUCGCAGUCAUUCAUCAACAAGAGAUAGCGUUAAAUCUUUUGGCACGCCAAUGACAAACACGAGUCCACAUUCAAUGAUAGAAAGUUCAAUUGGAGAUGGGACUCCACUUUACGAUGAAAAUUAA